UAAUCGUUGGUUGAAGUAAAAAAAAGAAAAUGAAGAGAUCAGGAUUUUUUGGAUUCGUCAUUCUGUGGAGUGGCUUUGAGGUAAAGCCCUCAGCUUCCUGGUCCAUUGGCAUCACUUACCCAGAGCCCGGGAUUGACGACUCGAAGGAGACACGAAUGGACCGAUUGAAUCUAAUCUAUCCAGGUACAAAAUGGUGUGGAAGUGGAAACGUUGCGGAAAAUUCACAGGAUCUUGGCCACUUUCCUGUAACAGACGCCUGCUGUCGUGACCAUGACCACUGCAAUGAUGUAAUCGAGGCCCUGGAAACCAAGUACAACCUUACGAAUCCCACCUUCUACACGAGGGUCGAGUGCUCCUGCGAUGAAAAAUUUUACGACUGCCUUCAUCGCUCGGAUGACAAGAUUGCAUCGCAGAUAGGUACAUUCUACUUCAGCCUCCUGAACACUCAAUGCUUCCGGGAAGACUAUCCGAUCGUCUCCUGCAAGCACUACGCAUACACCACGUAUCCGAAACGCUGCGUGGAGUACGAUCUGGACGAGAGCCAGCCAAAAAUACACCAGUGGUUCGACGUGCCUCCCUUCUGAUGACCAUCGGCCCGGAAUCAAGUGCACCUCAGCCAAAAGCCACCCUCUUCCAGCCAAGGAGGCAUGGGGGGAGAUCCUUUAACCCACUCUCUUGAUGCUCCUCAACUUCUGGCGUUAACUUCAAUUUUCAUUCGAGCCACUCCAGCUAAUGGGACUUCACGGUGGCUUGAUUGCCCGGAAAUAAAUCCUUCAGUUUUUUUAUUCCUCUCAUCAAUUCCGUCUUAAUGAGCGAUCAAUCUAUUAUUCAAGAUGAUUUAAGAUAAUUUCAGAUAAAUCACUGUACCGUAAUAAAAUAUCAAUAAAAAUAUUU